GUACAAGUUAACAAUCCACGAUGUCAGCUCCAACCUACACCGUUACCUCGAUACUAUCCGAUCCCUACGUCAUGAAGAAAGAUGGCGAGGGCUAUAAAGGAUUCCUCGUUGAUGUACUCGACAAAGUUGCCGAGCUGGUGGGCUUCAAAUACAACAUUCGGCUCUCUAAAGACGGCAAAUACGGAUCUUACGGCAAUGGACAAUGGAGUGGCAUGAUUGGAGAGGUGGUACGAAGGGAGGCAAACAUAGGCCUGGGAGACGUCACCAUUACCAGAGAAAGAGAACGAGUUGUGGACUUUUCCAAGCCAUACCUAAGUCAGACUCUACGUCUUCUAGUGAAAACGCCUAAAAGGUAUGAACCUGGCCUUGGCUAUUUUCUGCAACCAUUCUCGUCGGAAAUUUGGUUGUCUAUCCUGUUUGCGCUUCUCCUCGUGGCAAUCCUAUUCGUCCUCAUCGGUCGGUUCAACCCGUUUGAAUGGAGACAGGUGGCAUCGGACAAAGACCCCAGAGGUGCAAGACACAGCUUUGGCCUGAGAGAGAGUUUCAUGUUUGUGUUCAGCACUAUCACACUGCAAGGUUACCGAGAAACGCCCCGGUCUCUGGCAGGACGGGUGUUGGUCGUGUCUUGGUUCAUCUUCGUCUUCUUCAUCGUGGUGGCCUACAUCGGAGCAGCUGUGACCUUCAUGUCAGCCGAAGUAGGGAUGCCAUCACUGCCUUUUGAAGAUCUUGAAGACAUAGUUGAUGGUGGGGACAUCCAAAUUGGAAUGGUGCGCCAUGGGAGUUCGUUUAAAUCUUUCAAGACGAGCAAAGUAGACAUCUACCAGCGUGUGGCUGACUACGUUGAGAUGCGGAACUCGUUUGUCAACAACACUGCAGAAGGAAUUGAAAGAGUAAGACGUAGUCAUGGAAACUUUGUAAUGAUUCUGGAGUCGUUGCAGAGCUGAAUACAUUACUGAGCGACAGUGUGAUGUUAUGGUGUAUGGCAACAGUCAUUUCAGUCAGGCCUUGGCUCUUUUCACAAAUAAAGGGUCCGGUCUC